GAAGAAAAGAACAAAAGAGGAAUCAAACAUGGUUACAUGGAUGUAAGAAAGCCAAAUUUCCAAAUAAAACGCCAUCAAAUCACCUUCAGCCCCUAUAUUUCCUCUCCCACAAACUAAUCAGACACUCUUGUUACUGUCUCUCUCCUGCUCUCUCUUCUCUUCUUCUCUCUCCUCUUCAAUCAUGGUUGUUGUUGCAGAGAACACCACAGCGGCUGAGCAGAUUAGGUUCAGGAGACCCAGGAGUCCAUCCAUUAUAGCACCAGAUCCAACCCCACAAAUCCCUUCUAUCAAUCAAUCUACUCGCGGUAAAACCACCAUCUCUUCUCUGUUUCUGUCCACAUUCUCCACCAACAACAAUAACAAGAACAAGAGUUCAGACAUGUCUUCAGCGGCGUUGAAGGAUAAUAAAAAGAAGAACUUCACAUCUGCGACAUUUAGAGGACUUGGAUGUACGUCCUCCGCUCAAGUAUCGGCACCGGCGGUUAUUCGGUCUUCGGCAGAUUGGCAAGCUAAGAAGGUGAGGAAAAAGAAGCAUACUAAUCCACAAAGGAAGAAAGGCCAGCAGGUGACGGCGACGACAACUAUGGGGAACCCAACUCCAGCCGUUGUUGUUCCUGAUGUUUGGUGCUCUCCUGGGAUCGGUUUUGCUGCUGAUGCUGCCCCCAUCGAUUGUGUCGUAUCGAGACGGCCAGUGGCGGGAAGGGGGAGGGUUGAUGCGGAGAGGAUAAAUCACAGAGAGCGUUCUUGUAAUGCAAGGCGAGCUGCACCCUUUGAGCAAAUCACUGGUUUGGAUUCUCCAUCCACCUUUGAAAUGCACUCUGCGUCUGAUGUAUUUGGUGGUAGACAUUAUCGUCAUCUUCGACAUCGCUCACCGGGAGGGCUUGCAGAGAUUAUGAUGUUCCAGAGCCUUCUUUUGGGUGGAAGAUCAGAGGUAUAUGAUCAAUACAGGGAUUGGCGGCUUGAUGUUGAUAAUAUGACAUAUGAGGAAUUGCUUGAACUGGGAGAUAAAAUUGGGUAUGUAAAUACUGGUUUAAGAGAAGAAGAGAUAUUCCAUUGCCUCAGAAAAAUUAAGCACUCCUUUAUGGAGGAUCUGCAAUCACAUAUUCCCACUGAAACAGAUUGGAAAUGUAGCAUUUGUCAAGAAGAAUACGUAGCUGAUGAUGAGGUGGGAAAGCUGGACUGUGGCCACAGUUAUCACAUAUUUUGUAUAAAGCAAUGGCUUCUGCAGAAGAAUGCUUGCCCUGUCUGCAAGGCUGCUGUAGCAGCUCAAUACUAAGAUUGGAAAUCAUUAAAGAAUAUGAUGCUGAUAAUGAGAUGGGAAAGCUAGAUUGUAGUCAGAGCUGUCACAUGUUUUGCUUAAACCAAUGGCUUCUGGAGUGCUUGCCCGGCAGCCAUGCUGCCAAGUGCCAGCUCAAUAUUAAGAUUGACUUCAUUUGACCUCAGUGUCUGCCAAUGGGUAUUGGAUCAGUGUUUCUCCUUUUUGGCUUCUUGUACAGUUUUCGACUGAAAUAAGCAUGCAUCCAUUCUUUGUUGUGUAAUUCCUCUACCCGUUUGCCUAAUAUAAUAUAUUGGGUUUUUGUGGGAGCCACAAACACUUGAAAGUUUGCGGCUGUUCGCAUCACCAUUUCAUGGGCAACAUUUCAUUCAGUAGUUUUGGUUUCCUGUGAGAUGAAAAUACUUUUAAUACAGUCAAAAGUUACCAUUCAGUCA